ACAGGGGAGAAACCAUAUAAGUGCAUGGAAUGUGGAAAGAGAUUCAAUCACAACAGUAACCUUAGUUCGCAUCAAAGAAUUCACACUGGGGAGAAACCAUAUAAAUGUAUGGAAUGUGGAAAGUCAUUUAGUCAGAGAGCUCACCUGAGUUCACAUCAAAGAACUCACACAGGGGAGAAUCCAUAUAAAUGCAUCGAAUGUGGAUUGAGCUUCAGUCGGAGCAAUCAGCUGAAUUCCCAUCAAAGAAUUCACACAGGAGAGAAACAAUAUAAAUGCAUGGAAUGUAGAAAGAGCUUCAGUCACAGCAGUUCCCUGAGUUUACAUCGAAAAACUCACACAGACGAAAAACCAUAUAAAUGCAUGGAAUGUGGAAAGAGCUUCAGUCAGGGAGCUCACCUAAGUUCACAUCAAAGAACUCACACUGGGGAGAAACCAUAUAAGUGCAUGGAAUGUGGAAAGAGUUUCAGUCAGAGAGCUCACCUGAGUUCACAUGAAAGAACUCACACAGGGGAGAAACCAUAUAAGUGCACUGAAUGUGGAAAGAGCUUCAAUCGGAGCAGUCAGCUAAGUUCUCAUCUAAGAACUCACACUGGGGAGAAACCGUAUAAAUGCAUGAAAUGUGAGAAGAGUUUCAGUCAAAACUAUAGCCUUAGUUUACAUCAGAGAACUCAUACAGGGAUAAAACCAUAUAAAUGCAUAGAAUGUGGAAAGAGAUUCAGUCACAACACUAACCUUAGUUCACAUCAAAGAACUCACACUGGGGAAAAACCAUAUAAAUGCAUAAAAUGUGGAAAGAGUUUCAGUCAGAGAGCUCACCUAAGUUCACAUCAAAGAACUCACACAGGGGAGAAACCAUAUAAGUGCAUGGAAUGUGGAAAGAUCUUCAGUCGAAGCAGUAACCUGAGAUCACAUCAGAGAACUCACACUGGGGAGAAACCAUAUAAAUGCAUGGAAUGUGGAAAGAGUUUCAGUCAGAGCAAUCACCUGAGGUCACAUCAAAGAACUCACACAGGAGAGAAACGAUAUAAGUACAUGGAAUGUGGGAAAGCUUCACUCACAGAAGUCACCUGAGUUCACAUCAAAGAACUCAAAAUGGAGAGAAACCAUAUAAAUACAUGGAAUGUGUUAAGUGCUUCAGUCAAAACCAUAG